AAGCGACAUAAACAGGCUUCAGACGAGGAGAGCCUCACUUGUUUGAAAACCAUCUGCAAAUGAGAAGACCUCUAUGCCAGCAGCAUCUUCCUCUCUCCUGAUGUACGGCAACCAGCUGAAGCAACAGAGGCUGAUUCCCAUGAGACCUCAUGGUCCCAUGUUCACUAAUGGUCUGUUUUUCACAAAUGAUCUUCACCACAUCCACAUGUUCACAGAGGACUGUGAUUGCCACAGCUGUUCAGCUCCAGGCCUUCAUGAGCAGCACAAGCAGCACCCUGGAUGUCCCAUCCUCUCCCUGGGCUUGGCUGAGGACAGCAGCCCUCACAAGGUGUGUGGCUGGCUCAGCAGCAAAGCCUUAAGCCAGCUGAGUUAUCUCCAGCCGUGUGCUCUGCUUUCUGGAGGUGUCUCCAGGGUUUGUCCUCAGGGAGUGCUUUGUUCUUUGCAAUAUAAACAGAUAGGCAAAUAUUUUUAUUCACAGAGUUAUGGGUUGGGUUGGGUUGGGAGGGAUCCUAAAGAUCAUCUUAUGAAAUAAAAAAAGCACUAAUCAUACUAAGAUGCCUAACUCACUAAAUGCCAUAAUUUCGUAGCUGCAACUUCUUUUGACUGAUUUUAUUUUUCAAUUUGUGUUACUACACUAAUGACAAUAAAACAUCUCCUUAAAAACUGGCUGCUCCUUGGGAACCCUGUAUUGAUGGUAUUGUUACUUGGUUUGUUAAUCUCCUUGACAAAGCAUCACCAUCCCACGAUUCCCAAACUCACAAUCUGGUAUUACUGUCGUGAUUAAUUUCUUAAAUAUGGCAAAAGGAAAGACAGGGAGUAAGAGUUGUAUCCUGGCACCUGCUUUUAUAUCCAGACCAACAGUGAGCCUUUGUGGGGGCUGUUUGAAGGCUCAUUUCCCAACCUGCCUGAACUGUUUCCUUUGCAAUAAUUGAUGAAGUUUCUGAGCUUUCAAGCAUUCAAGAAAUUCUUUGGGAACACCCCCUUCCCCUCUGUACUCCCACGGAGAGCAGUGCCCACAUGAAGAGCUUCUCAUCGUACUGGGGAGGGAGCAGGAGCUCCACGUGAGCUGUAGCUGGUUCCCUUUUGCUGGUGGUUUUCGGCUCUUGUGCACUGCAGAUGCCACAGAAGGGGUUGUUAACUGUGAAGCCAGGGGCACGUGAGAGGUAUGUGUUGUGCUGUUGCUUGGGAAUUUAUUCACGUCGUCAUUGCCAAGACGCAGAUCAAACCUGCUGGUCUGUGUGCAGGGCUGGUGUAAUAAUUGAAGGUUUACCUGAAGAAACAGAGCCUCUCUCAUCUCCUUGCUCCUUAUGAAGCCAGGGCUUUUGCAUUUGCAGCCACCAAUCUAAGCCUGUGGGAACAGUGACAGGCUGAACUGGUUGUACCAAGCACCCACGUUUCCAGUGAGGCCACAACUGAAGGACAACUGCCUGACUUGGGUGCUGUGAAGAGAAAAUUUGAGUGAGUGUCUCUGUUCUCAGUUGUCUUCAAAGGGAAUGUGGGUGCUCACCAUAGACAGCUCUCUACUCCUGCCCUCAGGGCUGGGGGUUGCUCAGCAGGAAACCAGGGGUGGUUCUAGUGUGAAGUCAACAUCAAGAUACACCUCUCUGUCACAGUCACUGGAAUAGAAAAGCAAAAACAGCUUCCUGCUGACUUCUUUUAGUAGAGAGCUGAUGUAGCUGGUAGGCAACAGGCCAGCUUGGGGCAUCAGCCCUUUCCUCAGGUAUUUAACUCAUCAGCCAGAUUGUGGAGGGCAACCAAAGAGACCUUUGAAAAUGCUGUGGAUGUCGAGUCUCCCAACUGCAUCUCUCUGUCUGCUGCUCCUCCCGUGCUUCCCUGCCCAGAAUGGUGGAGAAAACGAAGGGUCAACAGACAUUAUCAGUGUUUGGGAAGGAGACUCCAUCAGCAUAACUUGCCCAAUCAGUGGUUUUGGAAAGCACCUGGGAAUGCACUUGAAAAGUAGCAGAGAGGCAGUCAAUAUGAUAUAUUUUUCCGUGGAUGAUCCUCCAAAUAUCUCUCCUGAUUUGACUGGUCGCACCGAGUGUUCAAGGGAAGGAAGGAAUUACAGGACAACUUUGCACAAUGUGCAGAAAUCUGACUCCAAUAUCUACCUAUGCGUCGAGUAUGUUACAGUCAAUAACCAUCACGUAGUGCUGGAUGGGAAGAGAACCAUAGUAGUGGUGAAAGCUAAAAUUGAUGGGGCUUUGAAGCAGUCACCGCUCUAUGCCAGCCCUCAGCAAGGCCAGUCUGUCAACAUCACCUGUGUGAUGGACAGCUCACGUGGAGAUGGAGGGAUCUACCUGCUCAAAACUCUUGUGCAACCUGAAAGUGUUCUGUAUGUGUCAAAUCAGAAUACUGAGAGGAUUUUGCCUGCCUUUGCUGGUCGCUUGGAGUAUUCAAAGGAAGGGAAGCAAAUAGUGAUAACUCUACACAACCUGCAGGAAAAUGACACUGAUAACUAUGUCUGUGCUGAGGAGGUGAAAAAUGUAAAAAAUACCCAUCUCCUCUCAGCAGAUGGCACCUUGCUGCUGGUUAAAGAAAGGGGGCAGGCACGCUCCCAGAAGGCAUGCAGUGAUAGUUCCUGGGUCAUCUAUUCUCUCCUCAUCCUGGUGGUACUACUGCUUUGUGCACUGGUUUGCUGCACCUUGUACCGUGUCAAUAUAAAGAAAUACUUCCAAAAACCCACUCCAAAUGUGGUUUAUGAAGAUAUGUCUUACAGUUCUAGACGGAACACACUGGUCAGAACUAACACCUACUCCAGGGGCAGUGAAGCUUAAGCUGGGACCAUGUUUGCAUCAGCAUCAACCAUUCCUUUGUGGGUCUCUCUGAGAGCUGCUUCAACACUCUGAUGUGGUAGUUGAACUGAAAAUGCCAUCACCUACCUUUUCCAGUGGAAAGAAAAAAAAAAAUAACUUCCAAAGCUUUUUUCUGCUUUUUUACU